AUGGCCCUGAGUGGAGGACCUUGGAUGUUUGGGAAAUCCUCAUUAUCCUUAAGGAUAUGGUCUCCAAAUAUGGAGCUUAAUGACUCCUUUUUUGAAUCUGCCCUGGUAUGGGUGCGAUUGCCUGGUUUGCCGCUUGAAUUCUGGUUGGAGGAUGUUUUUUCAGGUAUUGCCAACUCCUUUGGGGAGCUUGUGGCUAUAGAUUCUAUGACAGCUGCUCGAAAGAGGCUGGUAUAUGGAAGAAUAUGUGUCAGUAUUUCACAGAACAUGGAUCUACCUAGCUCUAUCAAAAAAAAUUCCAAACUAGGGAAGUGGGAACAAUCCAUAGAGUUUGAGUCCCUCCCCUUUGUGUGUUUCUCUUGUAAGAAAGCUGGACACUGGGCAAAGGCUUGCCCAAGUAACCCCAAGAAUGUUCAGAAGCAUAAUAAUCAUGUUAAACAGAUUUGGAAAGAGAAGAGUAACAAAAAUGAAGAUGGUAAAGAGGAAGGAGGAAGUGGAGUUCCUAGUAACUCAAAUGAUAUGAAAAAAGAUGAUAGGAGAGCUAGUCCUUCCAAGGAUUCUAGUCAGAAGGAAGAAAAACAUAAUAAAGAUAAAGGAUUUGAGAUCAAAACAACCAAUAGAUUUGAAGUAUUACAGAGUCAAGAGGUAGAGAAUAUAAGCAUAGAAGAAAAUCUUGAAGAGGGUGAGAUUGAUAAUACAAAUGAAUCACAACAUGAGGCUCUAAAAGAUAAAUAUAUGAAAAAUAAUAAAGUUUGCCCUGAGGUAUUUGAAGGUCAAGAAGUUAUUGUUGGAAAAAAGAUGAAUUUUGGUUCGCCUUAG